UGAUGACAGGGAAAACUGGAGGAAGAAUCAUUCAUGUCCAACGCCUAGAAGAUUGUCCUCAACAAAGCAAAGGCCCUGAUUUCAUUUGAAAUGCUGAGGAAUUUGUUUCAGAGGAGACUUUCUUCUUAUCCUGUAAAAUACUAUUUUAUGGGCCUUGUUUUCUCUUUAAUUACAUUCUGUGUUUUAAGAAUUCAUCUAAAGCCUGAAUUUGUUAGUGUUAGACACUUGGAGCUUUUUGAAGAGAAUCCUAAUAGCAACAUUAAUUGCACCAAAGUUUUACAGGGUGAUAAAGAUGAAAUCCAGAAAGUGAAGCUUGAGCUGCUAACAGUGAAAUUCAGAAAACGCCCUCGGUGGACACCAUAUGACUACAUAAACAUGACCAGUGACUGGACCUCUUUCAUCAAGAUGCGCAAAUAUAUUGUAGAGCCCCUUAGUGAAGAAGAGGCGGAUUUCCCAAUCGCAUAUUCUAUAGUGGUUCAUCACAAAAUUGAAAUGCUUGACAGGCUCCUGAGGGCCAUCUAUAUGCCUCAGAAUUUCUACUGCAUUCAUGUGGACAGAAAAUCAGAAGAGUCUUUUUUAGCUGCGGUGACGGGCAUUGCAUCCUGUUUCAAUAAUGUCUUUGUGGCCAGCCAGUUGGAGAGUGUGGUUUAUGCUUCAUGGAGUCGGGUUCAGGCUGACCUCAACUGCAUGAAGGACCUCUACAAGAUGAGUGCAAACUGGAAGUACUUGAUCAAUCUUUGUGGUAUGGAUUUCCCGAUCAAAACCAACCUGGAAAUCGUGAGGAAACUUGAGUUGUUCAUGGGUGAAAACAACCUGGAGACUGAGAAGAUGCCCUCCAAUAAAGAAGAAAGGUGGAAAAAUCAUGCUGUUGUUAACGGACAGCUGAUAAACACAGGGUUGGUCAAAGAGCGGCCUCCACUCAGAUUUCCCCUUUUCUCGGGCAGUGCCUACUUUGUGGCCAGUAGGGAAUAUGUGGGCUAUGUGCUAGAGAAUGAAGACAUCCAGAAGUUCAUGGAGUGGGCCCAAGACACAUACAGCCCCGAUGAGUACCUCUGGGCCACCAUCCAAAGGAUCCCCGAAGUCCCUGGCUCACUCUCCUCAAACCAUAAGUAUGACUUGUCUGACAUGAAUGCUGUCGCUAGGUUUGUCAAGUGGCAGUACUUCGAAGGUGAUGUUUCCAAGGGCGCGCCCUACCCGCCCUGCAGUGGGGUGCACGUGCGCUCUGUGUGCGUUUUCGGGGUUGGCGACUUGAAAUGGAUGCUGCGUAAGCACCACUUUUUUGCCAAUAAGUUUGACACAGAUGUUGACCCCUUUGCCAUCCAGUGUUUGGAUGAGCAUCUGAGGCACAAAGCCCUGGUGACCUUAGAACACUGACCACCGUUAGCCGUUUUGGAGAAAAUAAGAAUGCAUGAGUUGUACCCCGCCUGCUUCCUUUGUGUUGUACAGGGUCCUCUUUGGAGUGAGGACACUUAAGUCUUCAUGUCAGAGGAGCUGCAUGACUUCUGCAGAGCAGACAAGAGACAGGUGGAAAUCAUUAAGUGUUCUAGAAUAAAUGUGAGGGGAGAGUUAAGGUGGCUGGAGUCUGGGGACGGUAGCAAGGCUUCAUGGACAGAGGGGGCCCAGGUGGUUAGCAAAGAAGGCAGGACUGAAAUCGGCCUCUGGGACUGUUAAAGAGCUCAGGGACUUACUAAAUAAGAUUUUAUUUAUGCCAAAAUUAUUUUGAGGAUUUUAAAUGAGAUAAGUUGCUUGACAUGAAUAAAUCUGUAGCAAUGAAUAAUCAUAAAGAUACAACUUAUCUUGUGUAUGUGUUGGAACAGGCAUUUGGUUUUAUCCUAAAUUAUCCUUGUAAAUAAUUUAUGUCCUACUGUAACACUGUGCUCGGUGGAAUCACUGUAUGUCAUCUCAGGGAGCUUAAAAUAUAUUUAACGUUAGUAUUUCUGUCUUUUGCUUAUUAAAAAUAUACAUAUUUUUAGAAGCAAAGAAAGGCAAUUUUUACUUCAUUGAUUUCUAUGAAUUCUCUUAGGUUAUUAGAAA